UUAGUAGUGAUUUUAGAAGACAAGCCAGGUGUGCAGCAAACAGUUGUCUGCUGGAGAAGCGAUGGCGUCAUUUUGUGCCUGUGGGAUGCUCGUUUUCCUCGGUCUUUUCCUGAUUUCAUUUACACCACAUUGCAAUGGAGGAAACAUUCUUGUGGUUCCUGUAGAUGGCAGCCACUGGGUCAAUCUGAAAAUCCUGCUCGAAGAACUUCAUGCCAGGGGACACAACCUCACUGUAAUCAGGCCGUCUACCAGCUGGUACAUCUCUGAAAAGUCUGAUCUAUACACAUCCAUUACAGCUGAAAUAGAUGAAGAUCUUGAGCAUUUUUUAGAUGGGCCCGUAGAGGAAUGGAUCAGGAUACAAAGAGGACGAGCUUCACUGCUGAAUUCCUUGAAACUUGUAAAAAAUUUCCUUUCUGUGAUUUUUCAACUCCAUUCACUGUGGUCUGAAGUCAUAAACCAAAUCCUUGAUGAUCAAAAUAUGGUGAAAAGAUUAGCUUCCCAGUAUGAUCUGGUUCUAACUGAUCCAGCCAUGCCAUCAGGGGCUGUUCUAGCCAAAUAUCUCAAGCUUCCCUUAGUGCUUUAUGUACGCUGGAUCCCUAGAGGGGAAGGCCACUUUGUGUUGGCCCCUUCACCACUUUCUUAUAUCCCGGUGCCAGGAUCUGUUGACAAAAUGAGCUUUAUCCAGAGGAUCAAAAAUAUAUUUUUCUAUGUCUUUACAUUGUGGCACCACCAUAAAUUUCUGCUGGAAAUCUAUGAUGCCAUGUGUGAUAAGUAUAUUGAGGGUGGAUGUGACGUCAUCUCACUACUACAGCAAGCAGACAUUUGGUUGUUCAGGUCAGAUUUUGUGUUUGAAUUCCCUCGCCCCACUAUGCCAAAUGUUGUCUAUAUAGGAGGAUUUCAGUCCAAACCAGCUCAGCCUCUGCCAGCAGAGCUAGAGGAGUUUGUUCAGAGUGCUGGGCAGCAUGGAGUGAUCAUCAUGACUCUGGGAACUUAUGUCAAUGCUUUGCCCAAAGAGAUUGCAGAUGAAAUCGCCGGUGUCUUUGCUGAGAUGCCCCAGAAGGUGAUCUGGAAGCAUGAAGGAGACCGUCCCUCUACACUGGGAAACAACACUCUAAUAGUCGACUGGAUAAAAACUAGAUUUGAAGAACAGUCUUUCUGUGGGCAGGCUAGACAGCAGUUGGAUCUCUCAACCCAAGGAGCCAUGGCAUCCCAUCAUGUCUGUGGGAUGCUUGCUUUCCUCAGUUUAUUCCUCAUUUCAUUUACACCACAUUGCGAUGGAGGAAACAUUCUGGUGUUUCCUGUAGAUGGCAGCCACUGGAUCAAUAUGAAAAUCUUGCUUGAAGAACUUCAUGCUAGGGGACACAAUCUGACUGUGAUCAGGGCCUCCACGAGCUGGUACAUCCCUGAAAAGUCUGAUCUAUACACAUCCAUUACAGUUGAAAUGGCUGUAAAUUUUGAGCACUUUUUUGGUGGGUGUCUAGAGGAGCAGGUGAAGGUGCAAAGAGAGGGGGCAUCAGUGAUGACUUCCAUCAAACUCACCAAGAAAUUUUUUUCUUUACUUUCUUAUGGACAUUCACUGUGGUAUGAUCCUUUGAAAUAUAUUUUUGAUGAUCAAAAUAUGAUCAAAAGAUUAAGAGAUUCCCAGUAUGAUCUGGUUCUUACUGAUCCAGCUAUGGCCCCAGGGCUUAUUCUAGCCAAAUAUCUCAAGCUUCCCUUAGUGCUCAAUGUACGCUGGAUCACCAGUGGAGAAGGCCACUUUGUGUUAGCUCCCUCGCCACUCUCUUAUAUCCCAGUGCCAGGAUCCGACUUAACAGACAAAAUGAAUUUCAUCCAGAGGAUCAAGAACAUUUUUUUCUAUAGCAUCAUACUGUUCCAGCAGAAAUUUAUGGUGGACUCAGUAUAUAAUGACAUAUGUGAUAAGUAUAUUGAGGGUGGAUGUGACGUCAUCUCACUACUUCAGGAAGCAGACAUUUGGCUGUUCAGGUCAGAUUUUGUGUUUGAAUUCCCUCGCCCCACUAUGCCAAAUGUUGUUUAUAUAGGAGGAUUUCAGUGCAAACCAGCUCAGCCUCUGCCAGCAGAGCUGGAGGAGUUUGUUCAGAGUGCCGGGCAACAUGGAGUGAUCAUCAUGACUCUGGGAACUUUCAUCAAUGCUUUGCCCAAAGAUGUUACAGAGGAAAUCGCCAGUGUCUUUGCCAAGAUGCCCCAGAAGGUUAUCUGGAAGCAUAAAGGAGACCGUCCCUCUACACUGGGAAACAACACUCUAAUAGUCGACUGGAUGCCACAGAAAGAUCUUCUGGGUCAUCCACAGACCAAAGUCUUUGUAGCUCAUGGAGGAACUAAUGGUGUCCAGGAGGCCAUUUACUAUGGGGUCCCUGUGCUCGGCAUACCCUUGUUCUUCGACCAGUAUGACAACCUUCUACGACUGCAGGAGAGAGGAGCUGCAAAGAUCAUUCAGCUAGUUGAUGUUAAUGGCCACAGUUUUGAGCAAGGCCUUAAGGAAGUGAUCCAUCAAGAGAGCUACAGGCAGAACAUUGAACGAAUGUCACGUCUACACAGAGAUCAACCAAUAACACCCAUGGAGAAGGCCGUCUUCUGGGUGGAAUAUGUGAUGCGCCACAAAGGGGCUCGUCACCUGCGUACAGAGGCUUAUAAGAUGCCCUGGUACUCUUACUACUGUUUAGAUGUAGUGCUCAUAUUGCUGUCUGCAGUCACUGCUCUGCUUCUCUCUGUUGUAGCUGUUUUCAGAUUUCUGUGCUGCCGAAGACAAAGAAAGAUAAAAACUAAACAAAGUUAAAAUAAUUUCCAUUUGGAAGAUGACAUACUAUGUCUAUUACUUACUGUGGUUUAGUUUUAAUGCAAAGAGUUACUUGUAGCACAGUUGUAAAUGAUUAAACCUCUUCUUCAUAGCCAACAAGUUUGUUGGACCAACAUUACAACAUUACAAACUGUUCAAUGAAACUGUUCCACGUAGUAACUUUUUAGUUA